AUGGAAUUUAUACAGUUUGCUGAAAGUAAUGCUGAACUAGAACGUCCUCCUCCUGAGUUUCCUCCACUUUUUCUAUGUCCGUGUAUUUUUUGUGCAAAUAAAGAACCAAAACGUACUAAGAAAGAAAUCAUGAAUCAUCUAAUUUGUGACGGGAUUUGUCAAAAUUAUACACAAUGGAUAUGGCACGGUGAAGUAGUAGCAACGCCAAGUGUGUCCCAUAGAGAAAGUGGUAGUGUGGAUAUCGAUGAUCGACUGGAAGACAUGAUGCGUGAUAUUGGAGAAGAUUCGUUUAAGAGGGCGCAUGUGUAUGAAACUUUAUGCAGUGACAAGGAUGAACCAUUGUAUCCGGGAUGCACAAAUUUUACCCGUUUGUCUGCGGUGUUAAAAUUGUUUAAUCUGAAAGCAAAAAAUGGGUGGACCGACAAAAGUUUCACUGAAUUGCUUGAAUUGUUGAUACAAAUGCUUCCAGAAGGUAAUGUAAUGCCAAAUCGUUAUUACGAGGCGAAGAAAAAAAAGAAAGAUGGUGAUUCUAGUGAUGAUGAGGUGACCAAAACGGGUCCUCCCGUGAAAGUGGUAUGGUACCUACCAAUAAUUUCAAGGUUCAAGAGAUUGUUUGCUAAUGCAAAUGACGCGAAGAAUCUUAGAUGGCAUGCAGAAGAGAGAAAAUGUGAUGGCCAAAUUCGCCAUGUAGCUGAUUCUUUGCAAUGGAAGAAAAUCGACUCUUUGUUUCCAAAUUUUGGCAAAGAGUCGAGAAACCUUAGAUUUGGACUUGCUACUGAUGGAAUGAAUCCGUUUGGCCCAAGACAACCAGGAAAUGACAUAGAUGUUUAUCUAAGUCCACUAAUUGAUGAUUUGAAAGUGUUGUGGGAGGAAGGAGUGGAUGUUUUUUAUGCGUAUUCUGCACUUGUUACUCGAGAAAGAUGUAGCAUUGCGAAAGAUGAGUGGAAACAUAUACCUAAAACCGUAAAAGAUGCUAUUUGGACAAAUAUUAAGGCUGUUUUUGUUAUACCCGAGUUUGAUGAUGAAAAAAAGAAUGAUCAUUUGAAGAAAAUAUGGUGUAACUAUGCGGGGGAGCGAUGGAAAGAUUUUAAAUCACGGUUGACUAGAACUUAUAUCACAGACCCCAAACCAGAUGACGUUCCUCCAUACGUCAAGUAUAAAUACAUCAAAAAAGAUAUAUGGGAAGAGUUUGUAAAGUUUCGACAGACCGCUGAAUUUAAGGAAAAAAGUCAAAAGGGUAGGGAGAAUCAUGCAAAGAAUGUUUACCCACAUGUAUUAUCCCGUGGAGGGUAUAAGAGGCUCGAGGAGGAGAUGAUGAAUGAAAAGCGAUUGUUGAUGUCGAAAGAUAGUUCUGGCUUAACUGAUGAUGAUCGUAAUCCAUAUCCACCGGAACGCUAUGAGUCAUGGACGAGAGCACGACUAAAGAAAGGGGGAGAAUUCACAUCUGAGCCUGCAAAAAAAGUUGCUGAGAAAAUUGUUUCUCUUGUUGAAGACACAAAAAAGGGUGACUUUGUUCCAAAGGGACGUCACGAUGUCCUAACAGAAGCCAUUGGAACACCUGAGCAUGGUGGUAGUGUUCGUGGUGUUGGAAAAAAACAUAAUAUUUCCACUUACUGGGGAAGAUCGAAGGUUUCACGUCAAAGACAAGAUAUAGAUGUCAAAGAGCAACUAGCAGCAUUUAAAGCUGAUAUGGAAGCUAAGUUUGAGGAAAAGUUGGCGCAAGAGCGUAAGAUGUUGGCGCAAGAGCGUAAGAUGAUGCAAGAUUCUCUUAUGGAGACACUAAAGUCCAUGGGUUUAUCCCAAACCUCUGAUACAAAUAAUAAAGUCAUGGUACCUGAAGCGCAAACUGAUAAACUUGUUGUCACCGGAAGCGCAAAAGGGAGUUGUUCUCCUGCACCGGUCAAGACGCAAAAUGAACUCAAGGAGGUUGUUGUCACUGAAAGCGCAAAAGGAAGUUGUUCUCCUGCACCGGUACCAGAGGCUCAAAAUAACAUGGAUGAUGUUCAGAAAUUGUUAAUCAUGGUUCUGAAAAAGGGUGAAGAGCAUUUGCAUGUAAAAUUAAAUCAUUGUUCAGUUUGUGUUAAUUUUCUCAUGUCUUGCAAGUGUAUAAGAGAGUUGUUGGUGGGUUCUAUUUGGCUCGACAUGACUACUCUAAGUGUUUGGUGCUCGUACAUUCAUCGUUUAUGCAUUGAAAACAACACCACAAAUGUAUAUGGAAUUUUGGAACCUGCUGAGUUGAAUAUUGUUGGUGAUGGGAGAAAAAGUAAUCAGAAAAUGUCUCAAAGUAAAUGCAAAAAAUACAUCCAGCAUAAGUUACAAAAUGAAAAGAAAGAGUGUCAAUUAUUACCAUUUAACCAUGGAGGACAUUGGCAGUUGAUAAUACUUUGUCCAAAGAUAAAUACUGUGGUUGUUCUUUGUUCACUACAUUGGAAACUUAAUUCAAUAAUGGAGAAAAUUGUUUCAAGUGUUUUUACGGUUGAUCAAAUGGCGAAUGGCAAUAGAAAGAACAAUACCGUAUGGCUUUAUCCCAAAGGGAGGAAACAAUAUAAUACAAAUGACUGUGGAUACUAUGUAAUGAAAAAUAUGUUGGACAUUGUCACUGCUAAGAUAACUGAGUCUUGGAUGGAGCUGACGAGAUGUAUGAAUUGCGACUACGUUGGUCAACAUAUUUUUUGGAGUUAUUGGAGGGUUAAGAUUUAUCUGGAUGGUUUUAUGAAGAUCGAGGUGUUCGUUGAUUUUGCAAUGUUGUUCGAGGUGUUCGAGAUGAAGAUCCUAAAGGGAAAGAAAUGGAGAGAGCAUUGAUGAGGUUACUUGGAAAUUCAACAUCACUAGCUUCCUGCCGUUUUCUUUAGUGGUAAAUUAGUUGGUUCUAUGGAUAGAGUUUUGACUUUUUAUAUUAAUGGGCUGUCUGCUUGGAAUUAGACUAGAUAAUUAGUGAUAAUGUUAAGCAUUGACUUUUAAUGUGUUGAAUGUAACUUGUUAGGAAUUGACAAUGACUUGUGGAAAAUAAUAUUCGGAAUUAUGUCAA